AUGGCGCUCUCCAAAAGGACAAUGUUGUUUGUGUGCCUCUUGGUUGCUGCAGUGGCAGUAGCUGUUCCGAUAGCUCAAGGGCAGACCAUCGGAGGCCUCAUCGCGACUCUCCUUGGUAUCAUUCGCGUCCAAGGCGUGGUCUAUUGCAGUGUCAAUGGCGCUGCCAGUGUUGGGACCAACGGCGCCAUUCUUACCCCUCCAUUUUCAAAUGCUACAGUCCAACUACGUUGCGGAGCAGGAAGUGGUACUGUGUUAGAAACUGUGCAAACCAAUGCCAAAGGAGAGUUCUCAAUCUUGUUAGACAUUUCCUUCUAUACACUACCCCAAAUAUUGUCCGGAUGCCGUGUUGUGGUUACAACACCACUUGCCAGUUGCAACGCCGCCCUCCCUUCCACUGGAUGUCUUACAUCGACCUUGACAUCACUCGGAAACACCGUUGUUCCCCUCUUGACCACCGUCAAUGUCGGUACCGGAGUGUUCAGUGUCUCCGCGUAA